AUGGGGUGUCGACCGGUAUUGGCUAUUGAUUCUUGCCACCUAAGUGGUCCAUACAAAGGAGCUCUUUUGUCUGCCAUUGCAUAUGAUGCAGAUGAUGGAAUGUUCCCUCUAGCCUUGGGUGUGGUUGGUUCAGAAAAUUAUGAGGAUUGGUAUUGGUUCUUGGAGAAAUUGAAGGGGAUCCUAGAUGGUCAAGAAGUAAUUAUUAUAUCAUAUAGACAUCAAGGGAUAUUGCGUAGUGUUUCGGAGUUGUUUGGGGUAGAAAAUCACGCCUAUUGUUAUCGACAUGUGAAAGAGAACUUUUCAAGCUUCUUCAACAGGCAAAACAUUAGGGGAAAGAAAGGGAAAGAAGAUGUUUUGUUGCUUUUAGACAACAUUGCAUAUGCUCGGUUGGAUAUAGACUACAAUGAGGCGUUUGAAAAACUUGUGCAUUUUAAUGGCGACCUAGCAAGGUGGGUUGCGGAGAAUAGUCCGGAGCAUUGGGCGAUGUCAAAGUUCCUUAAAAAACGUUGGGAUAAAAUGACAACUAAUAUUGCAGAGUCCUUCAAUGCGUGGUUAAGAGAGGAACGCCACCAAACAAUUUAUACGUUGCUGAUGAUGCACAUGGAUAAGCUUGUAGCCAUGUUGGACACCCAUAUGCGUGGUACAGAUAAGUGGAAGAGCGUGGUUGGACCCAAAACAGAGGAAAACCUAAUGUCAAAUAUCACGAGAUCUGCUCCAAUUACUGUGAUGCCUUAUUUGGGUGGGACGUUCAAGGUUUUUACUGGAGAAGUUUAUUUGGUUGUGGAUAUGCAGCAACAUAAGUGUACAUGUCUAACAUGGCAAAUGUCCGAGUUGCCAUGUCCACAUGUAUGUGUUGUGAUCCGUACAUUGAGACACGAUGUGUAUGACUAUAUCGACCCAUGUUUUAAAGUCUCCACCCAACAGUUGAUUUACUCAGUUAUAAUAUUAACAAUGGCUGGUAAUGGCUUAGAUGGUUCUGCUGCCAGUUCACUCCCACUCUCGGGAUCUAAUGGUCUUCGCUAUACAGCUGUGGGGAUAGGCAAAAACCAUGUCCUCUAG